AUGACAACAUUAAAUGAAUUGUUAAAUUCAAAGAAUAUUGAAAGUUUUAUUACGAAUCUAAGUGCACCACAUCUUUUUUUGCAUGGCUUGAUGCUGUUGUUCAUUGUAUAUCUACUUUCAAAGAGACCAUUUAAGCCUCGUCAGAACGAUUCUCUCUCAAAGUCAGAGGAAGAAGAGUUGAUCAGAGACUGGCGUCCAAUCCCACUCGCACCAAAGCUCUCAAAGAUGCAGAUUCUCAACUCAAAGGAAGUGGUGAUCACCUCUACCACACCGACACACGUCACCGUCAACGGACAUAGCAACGUACUGAACUUGGCACGUACCAACUACCUCGGUUUCAUCGGACACCCCGAAGUGCAAGCGAAAGCCGAGGAAACCAUUCGCAAGUACGGUGUCGGUUCGUGUGGACCGCGUGGAUUCUACGGUUCGAUCGACGUGCACAUUGAGCUCGAGAAACGUCUCGGUAAGUUCAUGAGCACUGUGCCUGCCAUUCUCUACUCGUCGGGUUACGCCACCAUCUCCUCUACGAUUCCUUCGUUCUCAAAGAUCGGUGAUAUCAUCAUUGCCGAUCGUUGUGUAUCGCAACCGAUUCAAGUAGGUUUGUCGCUCUCUCGUAGUCAAGUACACUACUUUAAGCACAACGACAUCAAGGAUCUCACUAGAAUCUUGGAGUUGACCAACAAGACCGGAGAGAAAGGAAAGAUCUCUAGAAAGUUUGUUGUCGUCGAGGGUAUCUACUACAACACCGGUGAACUCUGUGCACUUCCACAAAUAAUGGCACUCAAAGAUAAAUACAAAUUCAGAAUCAUCAUCGAUGAAUCUCAUUCAAUUGGUAUCUUGGGUAAAACUGGUAGAGGUAUAACCGAGCAUUAUAAUAUUGAUGCUGAACAAGUUGAAAUUAGAACUGCAAGUUUGGCAAAUGCAUUUUCAUCGGGUGGUGGAUUCUGUGUUGGUUCCGAUACAGUUGUUACUCAUCAACGUUUGAAUGGUGUUGGAUAUGUAUUCUCUGCAUCGUUACCACCAUACUUGGCAACCUCUGCCACCAAAGCUAUCGAUCUGUUGGAUUCCAAUCCAGAUUUGCUCAAUUCAUUGAGUCAUAACAUUCAUUAUAUGUACAAGGAACUCCAAGACAACCUCAGAGGUUUGAAGGUAUGUGGCUCGCCACUCUCACCGGUAAUUCAUUUGCGUUUGAAAGAAUCCACAGGAAACAGAGAGGACGACGAGAAGCUAUUGGAACAACUCGUUGACAAAUCACUGGACAGCGGUGUAUUAAUAACUCGUGCUAAGUAUGUUGAAACCGAGAAAUUCAUUCCGGAACCAUCGAUUCGUUUGUGUAUCAAUGCCGUUCUAUCAGAGGCUGACCUUGACUUUGCAAUCAAUGUUUUGAAAUCAGUUUCACAAUCGACCUUUAAGAAUUAA